ACGAGCCUCGGCUUUUAUCAUAACGCUUGCAAUCGUCAAGAUGUACAGGUUUAUCUUGUUGUGCUGCUGUGUCGUGUUGUGUGCUGGUUAUAACGAAGCAUGUGGACCAAAUGCAGAUAUACGUUGUGUGCAACCGUGCCCCCCUGAAAAGACUUGCAGAAACCGCGACAUACAAUAUUAUUGUCUCCAGAGUAUCCAAUCAUGCGAAUUCAAAUGUGUUUGCAAUGAGGGAUACCUAAGGAAUGCUGCAGGCGAAUGUGUAACUGUUGACAAAUGUGAACGUCUUUGUGAAGAUAACGAAAUGUUUACCGACUGCAAGACUCCUUGUCGCCCUGACACGUGUCUGUCUCUGGUAGUCCCGCCAAAAUGUGACUACCGCGAAAGGUGUUAUGAAGGAUGUGUGUGCAGACCUGAUUUCUAUAGGAAAGCUAACGACUCCCCCUGCGUGCCAAUAUGCGAAUGCGAUGAAUGGAAGGAUACAGAAGAUUGUACGCCUUCAACGGUUGGAAGUUUGGUGUAUAAAUAUUUAGACAUCAACAUGAGAUCAUUGGUCGUGGUAUUUUUCUGCUGUGUAGCGGUGACUGCUGCUAGGAACAUCGAAGAACUUUUCUCCGAUUUUGGUAUCCUUGGAGGACCCCAAUUGAAUAAUGAUUGUGGGCCAAACGAAGUGUAUGACUGCGUUUAUCCAUGUCCUCCACUGAAGACUUGUGCAGACCGUGAAGAAUAUUCUUGUCCUGAUGUAGAAAUGUCCUGUGCAUUCCAAUGUGUCUGCAAACCGGGAUUCUACUUGAACAAACCGGGCGGCGAGUGUGUCACAGAAAAACAGUGCAACAAAUGUCCUGGUGAGCACGAACACUAUGCUUGCGGGGGGCCAUGCGACGAUGUUUGCAGCAUACUACAUGUUCAGAACAAGACUACUUGUGCCUUCACUGAAUGCCAACCUUCUUGCUACUGUGAUGACGGAUACGCAAGAAAUGACUCUGGAAUCUGCAUACCUAUUGAAGAAUGCCCGUUGACUGUUGUUCAGGACAUCGAAGAACGUCCUACCGAUGAUCCGAUGAUGACCGAUAUCCCAAUUUCCCAAGAGAAUAAUGAUUGUGGGCCAAACGAAGUGUAUGACUGCGUUUAUCCAUGUCCUCCACUGAAGACUUGUGCAGACCGUGAAGAAUAUUCUUGUCUUGAGGAAGAGAUGUUCUGUGAUUUCCAAUGUGUCUGCAAACCGGGAUUCUACUUGAACAAACCGGGCGGCGUGUGUGUCUCAGAGAAACAAUGCAAUAAAUGUCCUGGUGAGCACGAACACUAUGCUUGCGGAGGGCCAUGCGACGAUGUUUGCAGCACACUACAUGUUCAGAACAAGACUACUUGUGCCUUCACUGAAUGCCAACCUUCUUGCUACUGUGAUGACGGAUACGCAAGAAAUGACUCUGGAAUCUGCAUACCUGUUGAAGAAUGCCGUACAGUGUUCACCAAACUUGAUGGCGGCCCGCACCUAGCUUCAACGUUGACUGUUGUUCAGGACAUCGAAGAACGUCCUACCGAUGAUCCGAUGAUGACCGAUAUCCCAAUUUCCCAAGAGAAUAAUGGUUGUGAGCCAAACGAAGUGUUUGACUGCGUUUAUUCAUGUUCUCCACAAAAGACUUGCGGGGACCAUGAAGCCUAUUGUCCUGAUGUAGUAAUGGGCUGUGAUUUCCAAUGUGUCUGCAAACCGGGAUUCUACUUGAACAAACCGGGCGGCGUGUGUAUCUCAGAAGAACAAUGCAACAAAUGUCCUGGUGAGCACGAACACUAUGCUUGCGGGGGGCCAUGCGACGAUGUUUGCAGCACAUUACAUGUUCAGAACAAGACUACUUGUGCCUUCACUGAAUGCCAACCUUCUUGCUACUGUGAUGACGGAUACGCAAGAAAUGACUCUGGAAACUGCAUACCUAUGGAAGAAUGCGAUGAACCCAGCUGUGGACAAAAUGAAGAAUAUACGGAUUGCAUAAAUCCUUGUUUGAAUGAAACUUGUUCUGUGAUUGGGAACCAAGAAAAAUGUGACAGCAAAAUUCCUUGCAAACCGGGCUGUGUUUGCAAGGAAGGCUACUUCAGAAAAAAUCAAGAUUCUUCUUGCGAACCUGCUUGUUCAUGCCCAGAAAAAAAAGAUUCACCUGAUUGCCUUCCUUGGCAAACUUGGUUUAUAUUGCCUCCAAUAAAAUAUUUGUGA